UUUCAGGCCUAGCGCGGAGAUGGGAAAAAAAAUUAUAAAAUAAAAUAAAAUAAAGUAAGUAUAACUAAUAAAUAAAUAGAUAAAUAAAAAUAAAAUAAAAAUACAUAAAUGAAUGAUAAUAUAAGAAGAAGAAUAGGAACAAGACUUUCUUUGCCCCUCUUGUUUAAAAUAGUAGUAGUAUGUUACUCUGCUUCUAUCUUAUUAUUAUUAUUUAAUGCUACUUUCACUGGUAACUAUGCAACUCUCUCUAUUCCUGCUUAAUUCCUUUCACUGACAAUCUACAGACCUUUUCUUUUUUUCUUCCUUUUCCUCCCUUUUUUUUCUAUUUUCCUCCCUCCAUUGACAGGUUUCCAAGGGCUAAAAUAAAACAGCUUUCCCCCGCCAAGCAAUUACCGCUUUCGGCUGGAAUUGGGGUUUAGGGCUUGGUUCAAGGUCUUUGUCCAAAGUUCAAGAUAUCAAACACCCAACAACCAGAUCCCAGAUAUCAGAUCCAUAUCAGGUCCCAAGACAGCUGCAUUUCGAGGCUGCGAUUUGCAGUCCCACAGCGAUCAUGCAUGUCACAGAUCGUACGGUUCGCCGUUCAAUGCCAUUUGGCGACAUGCCCGUGGACCUAGAUAGCGAUGUUGAUGUCAUACCAUCGCAUCCGCUGGGAAUCAAGCCGUCAGGUAAUGCAUUGACAGCGACCCACAACAUCCGUCAUGCAAUCGGCUCCCUGGCUGUGCUGUCGGACGAACUGAUCAUUCUGCUGCUGGAAUGUCUGGACAGCACUUCUUUGUUGCGCCUGGGUGCGACGUGCAAGGCGCUGUAUGCUUUCACACGGGCUGAGGAGCUGUGGAAGGCCCUGUUCAUCGCGAACCCUCCCAAAAAUUUCACAUGGCGCGGCACCUGGCACGCAACAUAUCUCAACCUCCCCACCGCCAAAAUCGCCUUGCCAGACUGCUCACAUCUCUACUCCGACGUCCUCCACAGACCCUUUUACUGCGCCCACGUUUCCCUCUCAGCCUACACAUCAAACAUCCCCGCCCGCAACCAAAUCCCGCGCCUGACAAACCUCACGCUGGCCGAAUUCCAAGAAUCCUGGACAAACAGGCCCUUCAUCCUCACCGAGCCCGUCAAAUCCUGGCCCGCCUACAGGGACUGGUCGAUAGAGUACCUUCUCAAACGAUAUGCGAACACGACCUUCCGCGCAGAAGCCGUCGACUGGCCAUUGGAGACUUACGUGGAGUACAUGAAAAAUAACACAGAUGAGAGCCCCCUGUACCUCUUCGAUCGUAGCUUUAUGGAGAAGAUGGGUUUACCUACAGCCAGCACGACCACCACGACCACCACGACCACCACCAACGGAACCAACGGAACCAACGGAAGAACCACCACCCACUCCCAACCCGAAUCCCAACCCCCCGAACCCGCCUAUACCCCCCCACCCCCUUUUUCCGAAGACCUCUUCUCCGCCCUCGGCCCCGACCGCCCCGAUCACCGCUGGCUAAUCAUCGGCCCGCCCCGCAGCGGCAGCACCUUCCACAAAGACCCCAACGCCACCAGCGCCUGGAACGCCGUCCUGCGCGGCUCGAAGUACUGGAUCAUGUUCCCUAGCCACGCCGCUGGCACCAGUAGCAACAAUUCAGGAGCAGGUGCGGGUUCGGGGGGUGCACUGCUACCAUCGCCGCCCGGCGUCUACGUCUCCGCCGAUCACAGCGAGGUUACGUCGCCGCUUAGCAUUGCGGAGUGGUUUGUGGGGUUCCAUGGGGCGGCGCGGCGGAUGCAGGGGUGUGUGGAGGGGGUGUGUGCGGCGGGCGAGGUGUUGCAUGUGCCGUCCGGGUGGUGGCAUUUGGUUGUUAAUCUGGAGGAAGAAGAAGAAGAAGAAGCGGGCGCUGCUGUGAUAGCCAUAACGCAAAACUUCGUCCCGCGGGGACAUCUUGUGGAGGUUCUUCGGUUCCUGAGCGGGAAGAAGGAGCAGGUUUCUGGGUUUAGGCGUGGCGUUGAGGAUCCGUUUGGGUUGUUUGUGGAGAGGUUGAGGGGCGUUGAGCCUGGACUGGUUGAGGAGGCGUUGAGGGAGAUGGAGAGGGAGGCGGAAGGGAGGAAGAGGAAGUGGGAUGAGAUUGUGAAGGGGUCUGUGGAUGGGGAGAGUGAGGCGGGUGAGGGUGGAGGUGGGUUUAGUUUUGGGUUUGGGGAUGAUGGGAGUGAUAUUGAGGUUCCGUGAUUUUGGUGGUCGUACAUAUUAUAGACCGGGUUAUUAUUUUGCAUUGGCAGCUUAGAUCAAACGAAUGGGCAUCAUUUAAGGGAGGUGGGGAGGAGGGGUACGGAUAUAAUUAGAAUUGUAUUAUACAAAAUUCGUUUAAAGCCGUAUAAAUGCCUUGAUUGACAACCCUUAAUAACAGGGAUUACUGGGACUUGUGAUAUAACUUCCAUAAUAAGCAGCAAAUAAGCAGCAAGUGAAGACCGACGAUAUACUAUUAAAGCCCGUGCUUGAUGUAAUGAUGAA